AUGAUUUCCAAGAGCUACUUUUUUGUACAGAAAUUGACUUUCGCCGGGGUGGGCAUAGAUCCCAUGGCCAAAACUCCUAACUUAAUAGUUAAACAUCCCGGUAUAUUGUAUGGUUUAACAAUUUGUUCGGUCUUUCAUUUCAUCAUUGUCUCACAUUAUGCCUACAUACAUGUCACUGAUUUUGAGGAAAUUACCGAUUCGUUUCCCAUGUUGUGUCAAUUGAUUUUGUGCAUAUGUAAAGUGAUGAUAUUCCUGAGAAAACGGCAGCAGAUUUUUUCACUGAUACGUGAGGUACAUGAGAGAAAUUUUAAGGCUGAGGGUGAAGAAUUGGCAAUUGUACGCCGUGAAAAUGCCAAGGAUAAUUAUCUGUGUUCUGUCUAUUUAAGAAUUGUGAUAUUUUCCGGAAGUUUUGCUGUUUUACAUCCGCUGGCAAACGCUGUGUAUGUUUAUAUAAUAAAUGGCGAACUGGUUUUAACGGAACCUAAUAAGGCAACAUACUUUUGGAAUUACUCCAAUCUGGCUGGCUACUCAGGGGUGUAUGUGUUAAAUGUUUUUACCGUUUACUUUGUCUGUGUCGUUUCUUUGGCCAUCGAUACGCUCUUCUCAUGGUUUGUCAGCAAUGUCAUGGCACAAUUUCACAUUAUUUACUAUCGUUUCGAAAGGGCUGCUCUAACAAGCCCGGAAACUAACAUGACCCAUCUGCAGCAGAACAACUACAUUAUAUCGUGUAUAAAAUACCAUCAUGAUAUCCUAAAAUUUUCGGAAAAACUAAAACGAGUUUAUAGCGAAAUAAUUUUCAUUAAGUUCACCAUUGUUUGUAUGGAAAUCUGUAGUUUGGUUUUUCGCGUAAGUCGUCCCAAUGAUUCAUUGCCAGAUACAGCCUACAAAUGUUUAUUUUUGUGUGCCGUGGCCAUACAAUUGAUGGUGUAUUGUUACAAUGGUCAGAGGAUAAAAGAUGAAAGUGGCCAUGUGUCCACUGCCAUCUAUUGUAUAUUUGACUGGUCGAAUUUAUCUAAAUCGUGUAAGAAAUUACUUUUGAUCUCUAUGACACGCUCUCAAAAACACUGUAAUAUAAAUGGUGUCUUCUUUGAGGUGGAUUUUAGUUUGUAUUUAUGGGUAUUUAAAACAGCAGCAUCUUUAUUAACAGCUUUAAAGACAUUGGAGGAAAAACAAACUUGA